UGAGUUCCAGGUAUUCAGGACUGUUGGGUCGAUGUCACUUGCUAAUGGCAACAUCGCCGACGGAUGCUAUCGCCUAGCGGUUCUUAUUCGUGGAUUUAAACCAAUGCCUGAACUCACGAAGGGGGCUUAUGCAACAUUCCAUGGGAGGAUCGAGAAUUCCAAGCCUGGAUCAGCCCUACUCAGUGUCGAUGACAUGACAAAAGUAACAGUCGAUGGAAGUAAGAAGAAAUUGACUGUAGAGCAACUCAGAUUGGCUAUUCGUCAGCCGUCUACAAAAUCUACUUCAACAACUGCAAAACGUCCUGGAGAUGACGAUAAAGAGAAUGCAGAUGGGAAUAAGGAUUCAGAGAAGAAGAUGAAGACUGAUUGAGGCAUGCGAAGGGACUCAUUUUCAUUUUUCCAGUCGUCAAGAAUUCUCUACAUUGUUUAUGCAGAUCACACAGAUAAAUCGCAGCUGAUUUUUUUUUUGUAUAAUCUAUCUCUAUGUAUUGCCUUUCUAUAUGAUCUCCGGUUAAGAGACUGAAAAAAUAGUAAAUUUGUGAACUCAGUUCUUUUGGUCAUAGUCCGAGUGAAGUAAAGACUACUCCAGAGAUAAACAUUACACUUGCUGACAGUAUUUGAUUGAGGAGUUUCAUAUAAUUCUGCGAGUUAACUUGGAAGUAUUCUUCUUUACUUUUCAUACUGUCAUAUCAUAAUCAGAAUAUAAUAACUAUAAUGUAGAAGCAAAGUAUUAUCAACCAAAAAAAUUAGUACAAAACGUUGAUUUAAAAGUUUAAAGAAGGUGUAUAGUGAACUUUACUUGAACGUCUAAUGACGAAAAAAAUGUGAUUUAAAAAAUAGUAUAUCCACAUGAUUGUAUUUUUGUACUAAGAAAGACGUCUAUUUUUAAUUGAAAAACGAUAUAUUUCAUAUUUAUAUAGAGGAAAUGAAUGUAGUGAUAGAUAAAAGAGUUUUAAGUGUUCCUGAGUGUGGAAUAUUUAUGAUUACGUUUUAUAGUGACAAGCAUCACUAAUUAAGUUCUCAAUGUUUGUUGACUAAAAUAUUACAUUUAUUUCUCUAUGUGAUAUCGGUGAAUGUUCAAAAUGAUGACUUUCAUCUAUUUUCCAUAUAAAGUAAAAACUUUAUAAUACUGAAGUUGUGUUUGUAAAUGACAAAACCACUGAUUGAGCAUACAAG